GCUGUCGCCUCUUCUCUCGUGACUCUGCUCCCUUUCGCCAGAUCCCUCUGUCUCUCUCCAGCCGCCGGUUUCCUAAAUCUAUCUUCGCUGUUUUCCGGUCUCCUUUCUUCCACCGUCAGCAUGCAGAAAAAAGAUGCCUCCUUUGAUGGUUUCCUGCCUAGCUUCCAACAUUUCGCCACCCAGGCCAUCCAUGCGGGCCAGGAUCCGGAACAAUGGACCUCCCGGGCUGUGGUGCCCCUCAUCUCCCUGUCCACCACAUUCAAGCAGGGGGCGCCGGGCCAGCACUCGGGUUUUGAUUACAGCCGUUCCGGAAACCCCACUAGGAAUUGCUUGGAAAAAGCAGUGGCAGCCUUGGAUGGGGCAAAGUACUGUUUGGCCUUUGCUUCGGGUACAGCAGCCAUUGUGACCAUUACCCAUCUUUUAAAAGCAGGAGACCAAAUUAUAUGCAUGGACGACGUAUAUGGAGGUACGAAUGUGUACUUCAGGCAGAUAGCAUCUCAAUUUGGAUUAAAGAUUUCUUUUGUUGAUUGUUCCAAAACCAAAUUGCUGGAGGCAGCAAUUACACCAGAAACCAAGCUUGUUUGGCUCGAAACCCCCACAAACCCCAGCCUGAAGAUGAUCGACAUUGAAGCCUGUGCACACAUUGUCCAUAAGCAUGGAGACAUUAUCAUAGUUGUGGAUAACACGUUUAUGUCGGCGUAUUUCCAGAGGCCUUUGGCUCUGGGAGCUGAUAUUUGCAUGUACUCUGCAACCAAGUACAUGAACGGCCACUCUGAUGUUUUGCUGGGCUUGGUGUCCGUGAACUCCGAGAGCCUCUACGACAGGCUUCGCUUUCUACAGAACUGUGAGUAUCAGCAAGUCCAGGGUCCUGCCUACACUUGCAGUGACUGCAUGUGGCAUUUGCAGUCUCACUAAAUGUGGU